AUGACGUCUACUCACACGCCCGGCGGCAACACCAAGACAAGCGACGUCCCGACUCCAACUCCCGCAGCCAAGCGCCGUCGUCUUGACCUCGAUGCAGCCAGCGUAAAGCUCCGGAGGCCCUUUCGGUCGCCACUACUGAGUCGGCAGUCUCGGCAACAGGAAACCGAAAACACAACAGCUUCGCCUAGCGAUGGUCAGGCUCAGAAUCAUUCCCAGCCAAGCGGCCCAACAGCAAGCGGUAUCACGCCGCAGACUCCUGUUCAGUCACAGCGGGUUUCGACCGUGAGGGGGACAGGAGUAGGAAGCCGACCUGGAAAUUUCGGCGCUGGCAGCACUUCCCAGACUACGCCCUCUUUCGCAACAUCACCUGCGCCACUACCAAGUUGGUCAUCUACUCCCCGACGCACUACAACACCGAUACCAUUAUCAAGGACUAGGACAGCAUCGGCAGCAGGCAUUAACCAACCAAAUGGGCAUCUUCAGCUGCUUCAGCAGAUGGAGGCCUUUAGCCGACAGCUCGCAGCCCAGCACCUACGGGCCGUGCACCAGCGAUUGGAAACAGUCCGCCAAGCAAGGCAGAUCGAGAAUCAGGCUCGUGCAUGGCAGGCACGACAGCGGAAGAAAAUUGCCUCGGAAGGUCCCCAACAAGGCGAUGAGAAGAUGAGAAAAGAAGCGACCAAUGAUGGAAAUGAAGAGGAAGGCGAACUCGAUGUGGGUGCCGAGCUGAGGGAGUUGACAGCCAAGUGGCGGGCGGCAAGCCGGUUGGCUGCGGAGGAGCUCUACGAGCUGAUCAAAGGACGGGUGGAAAGUAUGGGAGGGGCGAAGGCAUGGAGAGAGAGUCGGAGGUGGCAGGCACGGGGAGGAAACUGGGGAUUCCGGGAUAAUGGUAAUGACGGCGAGGCUAAGACCCGUGCUUGUGCAGUCGAAGAUGAUGAAGUUGGAAGAUACGAGGCCUAUAAGGAAGGUCAAGCAGACCAAGGGAAUGAGAAGUUGGAGGAUGAAGAUGGUGAGGAAUUUACAAUGUCGAUGAUGCUCAAGAGUCUGAAUAUAGACCCGGAGGUGCUCGGUUAUGAUGCAGAGGAAGGCAGGUGGCGGGAUUGA